GCCCCGGUUCCAAUCACAAGGCAAUUAGCUGUAGAAGCAAGUAAUAGGUUAUUCGAACGACAAGCCAUGGGAUCUAUCGCGGGGGAACAAGAAUUAGGACCAGAUUACCAAACCAUAUUCGAUCCUUCGACAUGCGUUCGUAGAGGCUUGUGUCCGGUCACACAGAUUCGAAACAAGGGCGAUCCAUUCGAAAGUCAUUCGCUCUAUUUCGAACAGCACGGUAAUGGACCAGAGAAAAUUGUUUUCAUUAUGGGGCUCAAUAGCAGCUCAUUCACCUGGGCGCCUCAAAUUGAUCAUUUUGGACGUAUGUCAAAGUACUCAGCUUUGGUCUUUGACAACAGGGGUGUUGGCCAUAGUGGAUCUCCGAGAGGCCCAUACACAACAAGUGGUAUGGCCGAAGAUGUCGUCACUCUUUUGGACUAUGUAGGCUGGAAAGACGAACAUAGCUUGCACGUAGUUGGUGUGUCUCUCGGUGGUAUGAUUGCACAAGAACUUGCUACUCGCAUACCAAAGAGAAUUGCAUCCCUCUCUUUAAUUGUAACCACAGCGGGUGGAAAGCCUUGGACCAAUUUGCCUCCGUGGAAAGGAGUCUCAUCACUCGCAAGACUCCUCGCUACUACGGAACCUUCCGUCAAAAUACCCAUAAUCCUCGAUAUGUUAUUCCCUUCAUACUGGUUAGAGGAGAAGGCGGGGAAUGACCCGUCAGGCCGGACUAACAGAGAAGUCCAAAGCGAGACGUAUACCAGAAGAAUUGAACUUACGCGGCCUCAGACUCCUAUUGGUGCUCUUUCACAAAUGUCGGCAGGCCUCACACACUAUGUCAGCAGCGAGCGCUUGCGCACAAUCGCAUCGUCGAUUCCAAAGGUGCUUAUACUUACUGGCGAUGAGGAUCACCUUGUGGAUCCGCGCAAUAGCAUUCACUUGAAAAGCCAUAUGCCCUGGGCUGAAUAUAUACGAUGGGACAGGACUGGACAUGGUAUAGCUUCCCAAUGGAAAGCGAAAUUCAACGGUUUACUAGAAAGAGUAUUCGAUGAAGGAAGGGACAUAGUAACAAAGAGGUCAAAUCUCCUGCCUGAAUAAAUUUAUAGAGCCUCUGUACUCUGAUCUCACUGUGGUUGCUAGGCCAGCAAGGAAUUAUGUUGUAUGGUUGCAUAUGUAGAGCUGGCGUUUUGACUAUCACUGUCGUCCUCUUCAAACAUAGCAUAUAGUCAACAACUUUACGACG